AUGUGUCCAUCUCUCACUAAAAAGGUUGUGGGUUUGAACCCUGCCAAGACACAUUCUCCUCCAUCUCUCACUAAAAAGGUUGUGGGUUUGAACCCUGCCAAGACACAUUCUCCUCCAUCUCUCACUAAAAAGGUUGUGGGUUCAAACCCUGCCAAGACACAUUCUCCUCCAUCUCUCACUAAAAAGGUUGUGGGUUUGAACCCUGCCAAGACACAUUCUCCUCCAUCUCUCACUAAAAAGGUUGUGGGUUUGAACCCUGCCAAGACACAUUCUCCUCCAUCUCUCACUAGAAAGGUUGUGGGUUCAAACCCUGCCAAGACACAUUCUCCUCCAUCUCUCACUAAAAAGGUUGUGGGUUCAAACCCUGCCAAGACACAUUCUCCUCCAUCUCUCACUAAAAAGGUUGUGGGUUCAAACCCUGCCAAGACACAUUCUCCUCCAUCUCUCACUAAAAAGGUUGUGGGUUUGAACCUUGCCAAGACACAUUCUCCUCCAUCUCUCACUAAAAAGGUUGUGGGUUUGAACCCUGCCAAGACGCAUUCUCCUCCAUCUUUCACUAAAAAGGUUGUGGGUUCGAACCCUGCCAAGACGCAUUAUCCUCCAUCUCUCACUAAAAGGGUUGUGGGUUCGAACCCUGCCAAGACACAUUCUCCUCCAUCUCUCACUAAAAAGGUUGUGGGUUCGAACCCUGCCAAGACACAUUCUCCUCCAUCUCUCACUAAAAAGGUUGUGGGUUUGAACCCUGCCAAGACACAUUCUCCUCCAUCUCUCACUAAAAAGGUUGUGGGUUUGAACCCUGCCAAGACACAUUCUCCUCCAUCUCUCACUAAAAAGGUUGUGGGUUUGAACCUUGCCAAGACACAUUCUCCUCCAUCUCUCACUAAAAAGGUUGUGGGUUUGAACCCUGCCAAGACGCAUUCUCCUCCAUCUUUCACUAAAAAGGUUGUGGGUUCGAACCCUGCCAAGACGCAUUAUCCUCCAUCUCUCACUAAAAGGGUUGUGGGUUCGAACCCUGCCAAGACACAUUCUCCUCCAUCUCUCACUAAAAAGGUUGUGGGUUCGAACCCUGCCAAGACACAUUCUCCUCCAUCUCUCACUAAAAAGGUUGUGGGUUCAAACCCUGCCAAGACACAUUCUCCUCCAUCUCUCACUAAAAAGGUUGUGGGUUUGAACCCUGCCAAGACACAUUCUCCUGGCCUCUAA